GCAGUGCAACAUUGGAGGACAGAGUCGCAGUAGAAGUAGCAGAGUAGCAUAGCAGCAGAAGCUGCACCGUUAGCUGACUUGGCUUGUGAGCUUGGGCCUCAUUUGCAUCGGGCCAUAAACUCGGUGGCCCAGUUCUCGACGGGCGAACCCGAAUCCGAAUCUGCAUCCGACUGCGAGUGCGAAUCCGAUUGCGAACCCAAUUGAGACGAACUUUGAGCCGGCGCUAGGCAAUGGCCUUGGAUUAGCUAAAUCCGUUCCGUUGCGACCCGCCUAAUCCUUCCUUCCUGCAGGGCACCUCAUUAGCCACACCACCACCCACCCAGGUAGGGGUAAGGUCAAGGGUUUCCGAGUUAAGGGCUUGGAAGGUGUUUUCGCCGUGUACCAAAAUAUAAUUAGCGAGCCAGCAAAUCUCUUUUUAAUGCCGGCCAGUCAGCGGGGGUGUUCCGAUUGAAAUUGGAGCGUAGCCGAAGGAAGUGUGAAAAGUCGAUGCAGAAUUUCCGAAAACUGAGCCCAGGACGCUGAAGUUGAGGUAGACGAGGCCGGGAAUUAAAAGCGCAGCCGCCUCUCAUCAUCAUCAGCAUCAUCUUAGCAACGUCCGCAAAACACUCACGCACACAGGGAAUUAAGUUGAGUUCUGGGUUCUGGGUUCUGGAUUCUGUAUUCUGGGCACCGAGGUCCCAGUUCUGAGCUCUAAGUUCCCAGUUCCAAGACAUGAAAGAUGCCGACCGGUGCCGAGGAUUCUCGAUGUGGCGCCGGCCAGGGAUUAUAAAUCAUAUCACUCACACACAAAGGGCGGGAGAAGGGGUAAGUGCCGCGACCGCAGCCUUUGUUAAUUAAUUGCCCAGCUCCAGAAUAGACACCUUUUCAGGCUUCGAAUUUUCCUUUUGAGCCCCGAAAGUCACAGCAAACUUUGCAUUUUUCGGAGGCGGAACCAAAUUCAACAACAUAUUUGAUAGAUUUCAGAGACCCCACGAUUCAUAGGUUUCAAGGGGCCUUGCAGAUCCAUGUGGUUUCUCUUCAUCCUGCUGGGUCUGCCGAUGGAAACAAACGAAGGAGCGGAGUGCAGUACAGGACUAACUCUCGGACGCCAGCAGUGCUACCUCCACGAGGAGAUCUUCCUAGCCCACCACCCUUUGCAAAGUGUCACAGCCAAGAGGCUCAAGCUUCCCUGGUGGUGCGCCCUCCUGGAAAGCCUCUUCCUGCUCCUGCUGGUGAAGCUGCUCCAGUUGUAGAUGAGCCAACACCUCUCUCUCCGUAAUUGCCGCUGAUGUAAGCGGACAGGUGGAGGCGACAAAUGUCACACAUGCUGCUCGUAAAUCACAUCGGAAACGGUUUUCCCCGUUGCUCUUGCUGCACAUGAUAAUUUGUCCAGGGUGGCUUGCUGGAGGUCUGGCCUAUGUGCUUCUAAUUAAAUUGUUCAAAAUGUUUUCCAGCGCGCUUUUGGGCCUGGCUCUGGAAAAUCGCUGACAAAUGCUUCCAUCACAACACAGAAAAAGUUUUCAUUUUGUUUUGUCAAUGUCCAGGCCACAUAGCACCCAGAGGUGGACGGGCACAGUGGGUUGCGGUCUAUGGAAAUGGGAGCAUGUGAAAAUAUGGCAUCACAUGUUUUGGGAACAAUUAUAAAUAUAUAAUAUAUACUUUACAAGAGAUGCCUGAAUAGUAAA